AACAUGACAGCCUAGUCAUGUUCGUUAGCGAUACGUGGUUGCGUUAGACAACAAGUGAAGGGCAUCAACUUGUCUGUGCCCUCCAAUCAAGAGCAGAUGGGAAGGUGUAGAUGGAGAUUCCUGCUGUCCUUCCAGUUUGCCACACCAUCUUCUCAACCUCCUGAUUAUAAGUAGGGAGAGCGAGAGCAUCGACACCAUCAAUUCAUCGUUCGCUCCCUUUGCCUAUCUCAUCUCCUAUCUCCACACUCAAAGAUUGCACCAAAUUUCCUUUCAAACAUGGCCGGCCAUCAAAGAUCGACAAGCUGGCCGUCUGUGACUCAUCCCAACGAGAUCAAAAUUGAAGAAGCCCUACACAGCAUAAGUUCAGUCAUUUCUUCGCCAUCUGCCACCAUUGAAAUGGUAUGUGGUGGUCUGAGGAGGCUUGGAGACGUCUACAGCUGCAUCAACGAGAUCAUAUGCUUGCAGAGCAACCAAGUACAUGGGAAGAGGCUGGAGGAAGAAAUGGAGAGAUCGCUUGAGGUGCUGGAUCUCUGCAAUACCAUGCAGGAAAGCUUGGCUGACUCGAAGAUGACCAUCCAGGAGCUGCAAAUGGUUCUCAACAGAGGAGACCUUGCAGUAGCUCAAGUUAAGGUUCAAUCCUACGUUCGCUUGGUGAAGAAGGCUAAGCAUCACCUGAAGAAGGCUACCAACAAGUCUACCUCCUACGAGGAUGGAUGGUUGGUCAGUUUAUUGACCGCAGCAAGAGGGAUCACUAUCUCAGCCCUCAAAUCUGCAGUGGAGCUCCUAUCAAAGCAAAUGGCUACCUGCAAUGCAAACAAGUGGUCUCUUAUCUACAAAUCAUCCCAAAAGAGAAGAAUUUCAUGCGAGGAGGUGCAAUGGCAGGCACUGGAGUUGGGCAUUGUAGGCCUUGAGAGUUCAGUUGAGAAUCUGUUCAGAAGUUUGAUCCAAACAAGGGUUUCUCUUCUGAACACCCUCAGCUUGUAGAUUCUCCAAAGGUGCACUGCGAUUGGCAUCCAACUUUUAUAGGACCUGUCA